AUGAGUCUUAAAUUUAUUCCUGAAUCAUCACAACCAAAUGCUGUUGAUAGCACAAAAUUCGGUCAAAGUGCACCAUCAGCUCCAGGUUUACAAGAUAUCUUAAGAUCUGAAGAAGGUCCGUUAUCAAUAAGCUCCAAAAUCAACAACAGACACCCAUUAGAAAACAGAAUUCAAAAUUGGGAACAAACUCAACAUGAUUUGAAAUUAGAACAAUAUAGACGUAUAUUCGGUGCUGCUGAACCAAUCAAAAGAACUAUGGAAUUGAAAAUUGUCGAAAGUACUGAUUUCACUCCAAGUGCUUUAGGAAACAAUUCAAACAUACAUAGAGAUAUCUUGUUGAAUAAAGACACAUCAAUUGAUUGGGAAGAUAUCUAUUCCGGUAUGUUUUAUUAUUUAUUUGGUAUUAUUGAAUUGUCUUACUAA